GAUCGGAAGUAUAAGUCUGCGUUCUAUUAUCGUGUCCGAUCGUGCUGCCGUAUCGGAUUUUUAGCCAAAAUGACCACCGCACAAAGAAGGGUAUCGUCCAGGCGGAUUUCGAUUUCCGAAAAAAUGAAAGUCCCACCUCAUAAACCAAAAGGUCUCAUUGGUUGUAGACACAUUCAAAUUCUUUUAAUGACUGGGGGCUUCUUUUGUUGCUAUGUGAUAAGAGUCUCAAUGUCAGUAGCUAUCGAGGCCAUGACAAAUUCCAAAUCUGCUAAUCCAGAUUUUGAGGCUUUUAGUUGGGACGAUACUACAAAGAAUUUGAUCUUAAGUUCCUUCUUUUGGGGUUACGUCUGCACCCAAAUUCCUGCAGGUCUGAUUGCACAACGCUGGGGUGCCCAGAAGAUGUAUGCUUUUGCGAUAAGUUUGUGCGGACUCGUAACCUUAUUGGUCCCAAUGGCAGCUCACAAUGGAAGCUGGCAGGCAGUCUGCGCUUGCAGGGUUAUAGCCGGAUUGUGCCAGGGGGUUGCACCCCCCAUUCUACAUACCCUAUUAGCCAAGUGGGUGCCAUUCCAGGAACGCGGGAUGCUGUCGACAUUUGUAUAUGCCGGUGGAUGGGUCGGAAACGUGAUUGCCCUGCAAAGUUCAGGUGUUCUCGCCGCAUCAUUCAUGGGAUGGCCCAGCAUUUUCUAUUUUUGGGGAGGAAUCGCCUUGCUUUGGUCGAUUGUCUGGUACUUCCUUGGUAAGGAAUCGCCUUCAGAACACCGGGGCAUUCCCCUCGACGAGAAAGAGUACAUCGAGGUCAGUCUAGGAGUCACCGAGACCACCGAGCCAAUACCAACACCAUGGAACAAAAUUUUAUUUUCCGGACCUGUCUGGGCGUUGUUGGUUGUACAAUCUUGUCAAACUUGGGGCUUUUGGAUGCUUCUGACCAAAAUUCCAAAUUACAUGAGUUCGGUCCUCAAAUUCAACAUUCAAGAUAAUGGCCUCGUAUCUUCUAUCCCGUACCUUACAGCCUGGAUACUGAGCUUCCCCAUAAGUUAUUACUCGGAUUUGGCCAUCAAAACAAAUUUCCUAAGCGUAAGAACUUCAAGAUUCAUCUGCAACUCCAUAGGACAAUUUAUUCCAGCAAUUUCUCUUGUUGCUUUGGGCUACGUUCAAAGUGACAAUCCAGUUCUCGCAGUUGGCAUCCUUGUUGUUGCAGUCGCUUCAAAUAUGGCAAUUUAUUGUGGCCACCAUGUAAACCAUAUGGACUUGAGUCCUAAUUUUGCCGGGCCUUUAAUGGGUUGUACCAAUGCUAUUGCUAACAUUUGCAGCAUCGUUGCCCCACUUGUUGCUGGAGCAAUCGUCCAAGAAAAGGAAAAUGUAAACCAAUGGAGAAGCGUCUUCUUCCUAACAGCAGGAAUUUAUGUGCUUGGGGCAUUAUCUUUUCUUCUUUUUGGAUCAACAAAAGUUCAAAAAUGGAACGAUCCUAGUAAUAAUAGGAAAGACAGCAGGAUUUAUGGAAUUCCUGAGGCGCCAUCUUGUCCUGAUUUAACAGAAAAAAUUGAGAAAGAAAAAGAUGACAAGCAUGUGAUCCGAUGAUGUUGAUGGUGGUAAUGAUAAUGACAGUCAUGAUCCUCAAGAUAUCAUCUUAAUGACCUUCAUUAUACAAUGAUGAUGAAAACUAGAAGAAAACUCAGACUCAAGGGACUCGAGAGAUAACGGGUCAUAUCGCAUGAAUGAUCAAAUCUGAAAUAUUUAUCAAUUAUUUAUUUAUUUCUAUAAAAUGUCGCGAGUUACAAUUUGUAUCUCACAGCCCUCUAUGUACAUAGCUUUUUUAUCAUUAGACAAUAGAUAAGCGCAUUUUUCUGAUUAGCAGUAUUAAGUGUCAGAAAUAAUUCUCCGAGAUUACUUUCAUCUAACACAUUUUCUUUUUAAAACAUCCAAAAGCCCUAUGUAUAUAAUAAAUGACUUUUUUUAUAGUGUACACGAUGUUUCAAAUAGAAAUUAUGUACGAACAAUUUUUUGUAUGAGUGAUUGUUUUUCGUAAAAUAUGUCUGAAUAAUCAUGGCUUAC